UACAUGCUGAACCUCGCCACUGCCGAUGUCCUGCUUGUUAGCGUCUUGCCUUUUUAUAUUGUCUAUCGAUUCCUGGGAUCUAACUGGAUCUUCGGAGAAGGAAUGUGUCGCUUUGUCACGGCAGCAUUUUACUGUAACAUGUACUGCUCCGUCCUGCUCAUGACAAGUAUCAGCGUGGACCGUUUCCUGGCCGUAGUCUACCCGGUGCGGUCUCUCCCCUGGCGCACAGUGACCCGAGCCUGGCUGGUGUGUGGUGUCAUCUGGGUCAUCUCAUUGGCCAGCACUGUGCCUCUUCUCAUAAAAGAACAAACCAGGUUAUUUCCUAUGCUGGAUAAC